AUGUCCAGCCCACAAUCGGGAGACGACGACGACGACAACGUAGAAGACUCAGGCGAUGGCGAACAAAAACGCGCCGAGCUUUCCAAAUGGCUGGAUGAAGCGCUGGAACAACUUCAGGUGGAGAACGAACUGCUGGACGAGUGCAACGCUCAAAAGUUUGAACUGCAGCGUCAGAUCGUGAAACUGAAGGCCGCUCUAAAGGGAAAGGUUUCGUUGGACGAGGACGACACUGGUUCAUCUAGCGAAGUUCAGCAUCGUGCCCAAAACCAGCUGGAUGCUGUAAUUCGUGAGAACGUGGCUCUUCGCGCUCAGCUGCUGGAAAGCCAGCAGCGGAUCAACGAGUUUGAGCAGACCAUCUCGAACGCAUCGGCCAGCUUGGAGGCCGCCGGAAGCAUUCCCUGCGAUCAGUGCAUUUCGUUGGAGAGACUGCUGGAGGAAGCUAGGACGCAGCUGGACCAACGGGUUGCCCAGCUGUCGACGGCGGCGUACGAGAAGCACCAGCUGCGGGAGCAGAUAGCCGGCAUCGAGGCGAGUCAUCGGGCGAGGACCAGCGGACUUGAGGAUGCGGUCAAGUUUGACAUGAGGCAGCUUAAGGUUCUGCAGAGGACGGUGACGGACAAGCAGAAGGAGAUUGCCAUGCUGCGGGGACAAGUGGCCGCGACGGAGGAGCUGAACAAGGAACUCAAAGGGUGUAUCGCGGAGAAGACUGAGUUGGAGAGGACUGUCAUUAGGCAAAGCGCUGUUCUUCAGGACAAGGAAGAUAGCAUCAAGCGGUUGGAGGGGGAGCUUAGAGCUAGAGUGAGGCGUUCGGUGGAUGCUGGUCAGAUGACGGAAGCUGAGUUGGACGAGUCGGAGGAGGAGUCUCAGCAAAAUGCACGUGCGUUUCUGGACACCAGGAGAGAAUCCGGCUUCGUGACCGCGAUAUUCGGACUCAGCGGGGUCGAUUUAGUCUAG